UCUCUUCUCCUACGAUGGCUGCACCUAGCAACCAAUUCCUCUCACUGAUUCUAAUCACAUUCAGUGUUAUUUUUCUUCUAAAUCUUCCAUGUGCUGCUGCUGAAGCCAUGGAUUGUAACUUUCAAGCCAUAUAUAAUUUCGGCGACUCGAUCUCAGAUACCGGAAACCUUAUCCGUGAAGACAAUCUCGGCACCUUUGAGCCCAUAGCUAAACUUCCGUAUGGCGAAACGUACUUCCACCAACCCACCGGCCGAUGCUCAAAUGGGCUGCUCAUGGUCGACUUCUUCGCAAGGUGGUUAGAGCUUCCAUUUCUCAACCCAUACCUUCAGAGCGACGCAUCAUUCGGUAAUGGAGUUAAUUUUGCAGUAGCUGGAGCGACAGCACUCCAGCCAUCCUUUUGGUUGAACCAUGGCGUCCAGACGCUUAAUACAAACAGUUCCCUUGAAGUUCAGCUCAACUGGUUUAAGGCCUACCUCCACUCUGUUUGUUUCUCACAAAUUGUAUGUGAAAAUGAGCUGCUGGAGCAAGCACUGUUUUUGGUGGGAGAGAUUGGUGGAAACGACUACAACUAUGCUUUCAUACAAGGAAAAUCCAUUGAAGAGGUUACAACCUUUGUGCCCAAUGUGGUCAACAAGAUCAAAGAUGUUGCUAGUCAACUCAUCGACGCCGGUGCUGUUCAUCUUGUCAUCCCUGGGAAUUUCCCAAUCGGCUGCAUACCGAUCUACCUCACAAUAUUCCGCAGCGACGAUCCAGCAUCGUACGAUGAAAACAAUUGUCUAAGAUACUUCAACGACUUCGCAAUGUCCCACAACCGUCAACUCCAGCAGGCCAUCCAAGAGCUGAAAGAGGAAUUCCCUCACGUUCUGAUAGCAUACGCCGAUUACUACAAUACACUAAUGGGGAUCAUUAAGGAUGCUUCAGAUAAAGGAUUCGAGUCGGAUAGUUUGUUGAAAGCGUGUUGCGGAAUCGGUGGUGCUUACAACUUCAAUCUCGUUAGUAUGUGUGGUAUGCAGGGUGUUCCGGUGUGCCCUAACCCUGAAAAAUACAUCCAUUGGGAUGGCGUUCAUCUCACCCAAGAGGCUUAUGGGCAAAUGGCUAGUUCGCUCAUUUCCAGCGUCGCUAGACAGUGGAAAUGUUUGGCAUAGAAAUUUCUUUUUAGCUUUUCUUUUUUACAGAUUUUUUACCUUAAUCCUUAGAAACACAGGAUUUAUUAUUUUUCUUUUUCUUUUUUUUUAUAUAAGAGAUAAUUAAUUUUUAUUCGAGAUACAUGUUCGUUGUCAAGCUAUUUAAGAUUAAUGAGAUAUUUUUCUUUUAAAAAGUUCUAGUGGGGAAUCGUGGUGCACAUGUGACAUCCACUCAAUUCA